AAACGUGAACACGUUGUGGAGUCUUUUUUGCAUGUGUAUGCGAAAGUGAUUUGUUUUAACGGUACCUUAACAUGAUCUAAUAGAAUUGGAAACACAAAGCUUUUCCAAAAAUUAACAAAAUAUUUGUUUGCUCGUUUACGCGAAAUUAAUUCAAAUUUGCUGUGUUUUAUGCGCUCUCACGUAGCAGUGAACUCAUACAAAACAAAAAAUAGAAAAAAUUCAAAUAAAAUAACUACUCCAAGACGGAUGCUCGUAAAUCUUAGCUGCUCAUUAAGCUUAUAAGAACUCGGCUAGUGCUCGCUAAAGAAACUCGUCGCAAUGCUGAAAACCGAAAUUAAAUGGUCCGUGCUUUUAUUGCUCCAAUUCGUGUUUGUUGUAUCAACGGGCGCACAAGGCGGCCAAAGCGUUGCUGCAGACAAGCUUGACGUUACCAUUUUGUAUGAAUCUCUUUGUCCGGACAGCAUUCGAUUCAUGGGCAGGCAGCUGGCGCCAGCCUAUGGAAAUCUCAAACAAAACUUAAAUGUAAAUCUGGUGCCGUUCGGGAAAUCACGUUCUGUCAACCAUGGCAGCGAGUUCUAUUGCCAGCAUGGACCCGCAGAAUGUGCUGGAAAUCGUUUGCAGUCGUGUGUCUUGAAUCAGCCAAGUACGCAGGAUCAGCGUGUGCGCUUUGCCAUCUGUCAAAUGUUGGCGAACGAUAAACAGAAUGUGGAAGAAUGCACCGACUUGGUGGGCCUCAGCAGCGACGUUGACGGUUGUGUGAAAACGAACGUGGGCACGCAGUUGCAGUUAUUGGCAGAGCAGGUGACAAACCAGUAUUCGCCCUCAUUUGUGCCGACCAUCAUUUACGAUGGCGUUUUCAAUCAACAACUUCAGGAUGCUUCGCAGUACGACUUCCGUGGUACCGUUUGUGCGCUGCUGCAGAAACGCGGCAUCGUCAACGAAUCGUGCAGCGAAUGAGUCCAUCGUGGAGCAGCGGCAAGGGGAGUGAGCAGUGUGUUUGACGCUACAUAGUUUUGAAAAUGUGUACAGAAACGUUUUUA